GGCCGCGCCUGUAACCUGCAUCACCAACCCACCACCAACCCGCGACCAACCCGCAACCAGCCCGCGACCAGCCGGCGACACGCAACCAUGGGCGCCGCACUGUCGCUCCCGUUCCUGGCCCUGCCCGCCAUGGGCACUGUCUGGAGCAUCGCCGCCUCCUGCUGUGGCGCGGCCACCUGCAGCGCCGUCAUGGGCUCCUGCGGUGGCAAGUGCGGCAACAGCAUCGCGACGCGCAUCGCCUACGCGCUCAUCCUGCUCGUCAACUCGGUCGUCUCGUGGAUCAUGCUCACGGACUGGGCCAUGAAGAAGCUCAGCAAGCUCACGCUCGACUACGUCGACAUCACGUGCCACGGCGAGCAGUGCUACGGCUUCGUCGCCGUCCAGCGCAUCAACUUUGCCCUCGGCCUCUUCCACGUCCUCAUGGCCCUCAUGCUCGUUGGCGUGCGCUCCUCCAAGGACGGCCGCGCCAAGAUACAGAACGGCUUCUGGGGCCCCAAGAUCCUGGGCUGGAUCGGCAUGAUCGUCUUGACCUUUUUCAUCCCCAACCCGUUCUUCAUCGUCUGGGGCAACUACUUCGCCAUGGCCGGCGCCUGUCUGUUCCUGCUCGUCGGCCUGAUUCUGCUCGUCGACCUGGCCCACAACUGGGCCGAGUACUGCCAGGAGAAGAUUGAGACGUCCGAGUCGCCCGUGUGGACUGGCAUGCUCGUGGGCUCGGCCCUGUUCAUGUACCUGGCCUCGUUCGCCAUGACGGUUGUCAUGUACAUCUACUUCGCCAAGAGCGGCUGUGGCAUGAACCAGGCAGCCAUCACGAUCAAUCUGCUACUGCUCCUCGUCACCUCGGUCAUCUCCAUCCACCCCGCCGUCCAGAAUGUCAACCCCCGCGCCGGCCUCGCCCAGUCUGCCAUCGUCGCCAUCUACUGCACCUACCUGACCCUCUCCGCCGUGGGCAUGGAGCCCGACGACCACCAGUGCAACCCGCUGAUCCGCGCGCGCGGCACCCGCAAGGCCACCAUCAUCAUCGGCGCCAUCGUCACCUUCAUCACCGUUGCCUACACCACGACCCGCGCCGCCACCUACGGCCUGGCCCUCGGCUCACAAGGCAACUCGUACGGCAACGGCUACGCGCAGGUCGGCGCCGAAGACUACGAGCACGGCCUUGUGACCCAGCAGCCCGAGUCGCGCCGCGACAUGCGCCAGGCCGCCCUCCGCGCCGCCGUUGAAUCCGGGUCCCUCCCUGCCUCGGCACUCGACGACGACGACUCGGAAGACGAGGACGAUUCGCCUUCCAAGGCACCCCGCGACGAUGAGCGCAACGCCACACAGUACAACUACAGUCUCUUCCACGUCAUCUUCUUCCUGAGCGCAUGCUGGGUCGCUACAUUGCUCACCAGCAACUUUGACGAAAAGGCCAUGACCGAUUUCGUGCCCGUGGGACGCACCUACUGGGCUAGUUGGGCCAAAAUCAUCAGCGCAUGGGUGUGCUACGCAAUUUAUGGAUGGAGUCUUGUCGCGCCGCUCGUGCUGCCCGACCGGUUUGAUUACUAGGAGUACCGGUGUACUGCAGAGUUGGCGUAGUGAAUUCUAGUAUUGAAUGUAUUUGUACCGUUCAUUGUCGUCAACGUUGGGAUGGUGAAUAUAGGCAUUCGUUCGACCCGUCCUCCUCUUCUCCGCGGCGGUGACGGCAGGCAACGUCGCAGGACUCUUGGCGCUGACUAUGCACCCACUGUCGAAAUGUUUCAUUAGUCGUGCACUCUGCACACAUGUCUACAUCUUGCAACCAGACACUGAGCAGCUUGCGGUCGGAUAAACGCCGCUUCGAUCCGAAGUGUGGGCAGUUGGGCCAACAAUCUUCAUGGCUAUAUUUGCAGUGGCUGGGAUGAAGGCAUAGGCGGCACAUGUCUGAAGAAGAGUGUACUUAUAGUCUCAGUGGUAUAUAUAUCUACAUUCAGUCCCUC